GCAAUAAAUAGCUGCUACAUAACACCACCAGGUCAUUUGUACUUCCUCCUCUAUUUUAUUUUUUUUGUUUGUUUUUGUUUUUUAAUCUGAGACUUGCACAGUUACAAAAAAAAAAAAUUCUACAAUGACUGUGCAGUGCUGGAAUUAGAGGCAGGAUCCUGAAGAAGAGCCCUUGACCUCACAAUGCCCUCUGAUUGAAAUGAAGAUAGCAUAGAUCCCAUCGUCAGGAAAUUCAUUUCAUUCCUACCUUUUGGGGCCUUAAUGCCACUAAAAAUAAGAAAGAUUGCAAUAGUUUUGAUCCAAUGAUAGCCGGAAAAGUCAGUAAGAGCCUGCUGCUGCUGCGGAGUGAGAUGAAUGCAGAGUCGAGAGGUGAAGACAAGGCAGCUACUUCAGACAGUGAGCUGAACGAGCCCCUGCUUGCUCCUGUGGAAUCAAAUGAUGGUGAGGACACUCCCAGCAAGCUCUUCGGAGCCAGAGGUAACUCUGUGUCAGCUGAAUCAGGCACACACGACUUGCAUCAGCCCAACCAGACACAUCCAGGAUUUCCACUUGGGCCUCAGCCACUGCUGGCAGCACAACAGCUGGCUUCAGCUGUAGCAGGAGUGAUGCCAGGGGGUGCCCCGGCCCUCAACCAACCAAUCCUCAUCCCAUUUAAUAUGGCAGGGCAGCUGGGUGGGCAGCAAGGACUAGUCCUCACAUUACCUACAGCCAAUCUGACCAACAUUCAAGGGCUGGUGGCAGCAGCUGCUGCAGGAGGCAUUAUGACUCUUCCACUGCAAAACUUACAAGCUACCUCAUCCCUAAAUACACAGCUUCAACAGCUUCAGCAUCUCCAACAACUGCAGCACCACCAUCAUCAUCAUCAUCAACAGCAGCAGCAACAACAGCAAGGUCAACAGCACCAUCAGCAACAACAAUCUACAGUUCAACAUCAGCAAUCAUCUCAGCAGCCAUCCCAGCAAAUACAGCCUCAGCAAGCACAGCAGCAGAAUCAACAUCAGCAACCACAGUCACAGCAACAGAGUCAAACACCAACACAGAGUCCAAACCAACAGGCUACAUGUCAGAGGAACUCCAGUUCUCCUCAAAAGCCCAAUCAAUCACCAGGACAUGGCCUUCCUUCCCCUAUAACGCCGCCAAACCCACUGCAGAUGGUUAAUAAUCCUUUAGCAAAUCAAGCAGCAGCAGCGGCGGCGGCAGCAGCAGCUAUGGGGUCAAUAGCAGGUUCACAAGCCUUUGGUAAUGCCCUUUCCAGUCUACAAGGGGUUACAGGUCAGCUAGUCACAAAUGCACAAGGACAGAUUAUUGGGACGAUCCCACUUAUGCCAAAUGCGAUGUCAAAUCAAGCAACAGGAGCUGCUCAGGGACUUCAAGUGCAACCAAUAACUCCACAGCUCCUGACCAAUGCCCAAGGCCAGAUCAUUGCCACAGUAAUAGGAAAUCAGAUCCUGCCAGUGAUCAACACACAAGGAAUAACACUUUCACCAAUCAAACCCGGACAACAGCUUCAUCAACCAGCACAGACACAAUCCAAUCAAGCAACUUCACAAGCUAAUCUUCUGCACUUGGCUCAAAAUCAACCAUCUAUGUCUCAAAGCCCAGUACGUCAGGCUUCUUCCUCCUCUUCUCCAUCUUCCUCUUCUUCAGCUUUGAGUGUUGGCCAGUUAGUCAGCAAUCCACAAACAGCAAGUGGUGAAGUGGAUGGAGUCAAUCUAGAAGAAAUAAGAGAGUUUGCUAAAGCUUUUAAAAUCCGACGUCUUUCCCUUGGACUUACCCAAACUCAAGUAGGACAAGCUUUAAGUGCAACAGAAGGCCCAGCUUAUAGCCAGUCUGCUAUCUGCAGACACACCAUCCUGAGAAGCCACUUUUUCCUACCACAGGAAGCCCAAGAGAACACUAUAGCUAGCAGUCUGACAGCCAAACUGAACCCUGGCCUUUUGUAUCCUGCCAGGUUUGAAAAGCUGGACAUCACUCCUAAAAGUGCCCAGAAGAUAAAGCCUGUCCUUGAGCGGUGGAUGGCUGAGGCUGAGGCCCGCCACCGAGCAGGUAUGCAGAACCUCACAGAGUUUAUCGGCAGCGAACCAUCAAAAAAGCGCAAGAGGCGCACAUCUUUCACACCGCAGGCUCUAGAGAUCUUGAAUGCCCAUUUUGAGAAGAACACACACCCAUCUGGUCAGGAAAUGACUGAAAUCGCAGAAAAGCUGAACUAUGAUCGGGAGGUUGUUAGAGUUUGGUUCUGCAAUAAGCGUCAAGCACUCAAGAACACAAUUAAACGUAUAAAACAACAUGAGCCAGGUACAGCAGUCCCUUUAGAGUCUUUAACAGACUCAAUGGAAGAGAAUUCCUAAACCAGUGGACUUGAACUUGUGACAUGCCUGUUCAUCAUUCUUGUAAGUAAAAAAACUAAAAACAAGAGACUGAGGAAACAGACUGAUGGACUAAUAAUGUAUACAUCAGUUUUUCCAAAUACAAUGCACACCACUUAGUGUGUAUGUGUGUUCGUGGUAGAAGUAGUCUUUAAAUUAAACCAAAAAAGACAAAACAGACACAAAACAGAAACAUUUUUAUGGGUGUCACUUAAAGUAAACCAAAUAACCACAUUCAUUUGUUUUCUGUGUAUGAUGACAAUGCAAGCAUUAUAUCAAAACAAGAGAAUCUUUUAUCUAUUUAAAGAGAAAAUAAGCCUGCCAUCUGGAGGAUCACUUAUCAACCUUCAGUUUAUACGAAAUCUUCAGUAUUAACCAAAGUCAAAAACAUGUAAUGCAAAACAAGACUGAUGUCUGCUUUUAGGAAAAUGUGAAACUACAUGGAAUGGUUGUAUUUUUUAAUAAUUAUUUAUUAUUAUUACUAUCUGUUCACAAACAUUUGUUUCAUAGUACACCAAAAUUCAGCUGGAUAUGCAUAACAGUGUAGCUUAGAAUUUUUCAUCUAGUGACUGAGUUUGUUGUAAUAAUAUGCCACAUUUAAUGCCACAACUAUUUUACAAGUACUGUUUGGAUAUGAGGGGAGGUUAUUUGUCUUGAAAACUAGCCCUAAAAAUAAAAUAUUAUUCCGGAUUAAAAAAAAGCAUCAGAAACUACCAGUGAGUUCAUCUUUAACCACUGGUUUGUUGUAAAAUAAGAUAUUGAGACUUUAAAGCUUUGACCAAACCCAGGGUUAUUUACCAUAUUGCUUCUGAAUUCCCACUUGACGAUAGAGAGAUAUACUGUAUUAGUAGUUUUGUAGUAGAGAUUUGUGAACUGUUUCUUGUCUAAUUAAAAAGACCUGGGUCUUUUUGGAAGAAAAAUAAAGACUUUUAUAGAAACACAAAGUUACUAGAAAAACAAAAUUAUGAGUGAAACAGUUAUGCUAUGGUACAGG